AUGCAACCCUCCGAGGAUGAGAUCCAGCGAGAGGUCGAAGCUCUACGGGACAUCAAGCGGCGCUCUACUGCCCAGGGCGGUCCUGGCGCCCUCCUGCUAGACCCGGAUCUCCCCAGCCAGUCGUCCCCGCCAUCCCCCCACUCCUGGAGCGGCAGCAGCAGCACAGCUGUCGACGACUCCAGCAGCAGCUCGCAUGAGUCGGCGUCGGGGCGCGAGAGCCCAGCGGAGGACCCCUUCCAUCUCUUCUGGGUGCCCGCGAGCUUGCACCCCGAGAUUGCACCAGAUCAGUUCCGCGCGUUCUUGAAAGAGCAUGCGCGCGCCCCCCCAGAUGGUAAUGUCACGCUUUCGCGGUCUAGCUCAGCUUCGUCUACAGGGCUCGGGCGGAAGCAGUCUAUGCUACGCAAGCAAUACAAGCCGCGGCCGAACGACGGGGUGGAGGAAGAGGAAGUAGUAGUCCCCCUUCGCCGAGAUCGGAGCAGCUAUUAUGCCAACGCGGGCCCGCAACUCACUAUCAGCGAUCUGCAGAAACUCGAGGAACUUGCGGACGAGGCGUCUAAGAGUGACGAUCCUUCGAAGCUGAGAAGUGUGCUUAGGCGGAGUCUCAGCAUGAAUAUUGCACCCUCAGUCAUCGACCAGAUGGAUGACAUGCCAAGCAUGGGAGACGAAGCUGAUGCCCCCAUUAUUGUUCCUCCUCCCGGGCAGAUUCUGCGCCGGACCGCCAGGACAAAGAUUCGGAAGCCUGGUCAAACUACGGAAGGUAGCCAUCGAUUCCAGACUACUCGCUCCCGUCGUAAGUCAGGGCCUGGAGGCAGAGCUCCCACAGCACCGCCGGGCGAUACUCGGACGUCUAGUGAUCUAUCUUCGAAUGAUCACAGCGAUGGCGACCACUUGAAGCGGCCACGUCGUAUGACUAGCGAGACGAUCGAUGCGCCUUCAAGGCCUGAAUCCUACAGCGAGGAGUCGUCUAUAUUCGACGCUUACGUUACUGAGGAGCCUGAGGAAGAGACACCCCAUGCCGCAGUAACAUCACCUCCCGCACGUUCUGCACCUCUUGCACCGGAACCCGUCAUACUUGUUGAACCGAAGGCACCGGAGUCAGAACCAGCCCCUUCCGAGCUGCAAGGGCCCGUUCUACAUCAUCCGCAGCCCAAACGGCUGCUGCAGCCGCCUGCGUCACCCGAAGUGCCUGCAACUUCACGCACCCCUUCCCCUGAGCCCAUGUCACCAUCUAUAGAAACCAAUCUAUCCCACCCAGGCCAAGUACAGCAACCCGCAUUCCUUUCCACCCCUUCCCCGCCUCCGCGCACUCCGAGUCCCUCACAUCGCAAGGAUAAAGAUAAGGACGAUAAGGGGCUAUUCAAGUGGGGCGGUGACAAGGGUAGCAAGAAAGGUGCCAAGGAGAAGGACAGGGAAUAUCGGGAGCAGAAGGAGAAGGAGAAAAAGGGCUUUUUCGGUUCGUUAUUCGGCAACAAAAAGAAGCAGGAGGAGCAGCCACAGUCAAAUCUUGGCCAUGCGUCUGGUCGCGAGGCUGCAAUCGCACUGCUUGGUGCCUCGAAAUCAUCCAAGUCUCCUGCACCUUCUCCGUCACCCCAACCAGGCGGUCCUUACGCGCGAUACCCCAUCCAUGUUGAGCGAGCUAUAUACCGACUCAGUCAUAUCAAGCUCGCCAACCCUCGACGUCCACUAUAUGAACAAGUGUUGAUAAGUAAUUUGAUGUUCUGGUAUUUGGGAGUCAUCAACAAGACGCAGAAUCAGGGCACUGCUCAGCCACAGGCUGCUGCGAAUGGCCAAUCUCCGCAAGGGCCAAGCCCUGCAGAGAAGGAGAAGCUCGAGCAGGAGCAGCGAGAACGGGAAGAACGGGAGAGGGCCGAGAGAGAACGUGCCGAGCGGGAGAAGGAGAUGGAACGGAAUGAGUCCAAGACGCAACCGCGCCGGGGCAGCUUGACUAAAGGCGGUGCUUCCGGGACGCCAGGGCGACGUGCGGAGAUGCCUGUUCGUGGCCCGCAGUAUGAACUUCAACACCGGGCAAUGGAGCAGGAGUAUGGCGGCUCUCCGGGAUAUGGUCCUGGAUCUGCACCUAUGGGUCGUGCAUCUUCGGCGCCUCCCAUCAACGGAUCUGGUGGGUACUCUGGGGGAUAUUCGGCUCGCUCCCAGGGCCCUAGUCAAGGUGCGCCGCUCUACUCGCAACCCCACUCGGGCCCUCCUCAGGUCCAGCUGCCGAACGAUUUCUACUACGAUGCUUCCUCUGGCCCUGAACAACGGUCAGUCGGCCCUAGGCCAGUCUCACCCCAGCUACCUCCGGGUGCCAUGCCGCCGGUAACUAGUGUAAGUGUCGACCAGUCGUGGUUUGCGUCCUCGCCAGCCCCCGCACCGGUUUCUCGCGGACCUGCCUCUCCAUCAUCUACGCGAGCGACGUCGCCACCCAAUUCUAAUACAUCGGCAGCAGCAGCGCCUCCGCCUCUCAGCGCUCGACAGUCUCGCUCGCCUCCACCACACAAUCGAUAUACACCAGUACUGGAGAACCAUGUUAUCGAUGGAACAGGCGGCAUGAAGCCCACACGCUCGAUGUCUGCAAAUGCUGCUCCUCCGCCCAUGCCUCCCAUGAAUGGGAAGAUCAGGAAGGUCUCCAGUGCACAUGCCGUGCCCAGCAACCAUAGGCCAAGGACUAGUGAUGGCAUCUCCGGAAGUGAAGAGGACGUCCCUCUUGCCUACUAUCAGCAACAGAGGCGACGUUAAUGGUUGUACGACUUGGUUCAUCUCAUUCUAUCCAGUUCACUUCGGGACAAUUUUAUGCUCUGUAUGUUCUUCAUCCUUCUCACUUUAAUCAUAGAUCACGCAACCUGAACCUUCCCUGCACCUCUCACGAUUCGCACGAGCCAUACGCCGCGCGCCCUCAUUGCACGCCCUCACUCGUUACGCUUUGCCAUCUCCAGUAGCACCGCUUCCUCACUGACCUUCGCACAUUUCCCGGCUCGGUUUCUGGGUCAUCUUGCUAUGGGUACACUCUGGACCAUUCACAUCUUUACGCACUUUGGCAUCCCGUCUGGCAUCUUGUGCAUAUACUGUCCUCAUGUAUUCUUAUUCAAGUUGCUACCCUCGGAACGGCUG